AUGAAAGAUAUUUUGAUUUUUAUUUCGUUUUUUGUGGUUUCUUAUCAAUUAUGUUGCCCUGAUGGCACAGUUGUUUAUAAAAAAUCUUGCUAUCAUUUAAUGCUCGAUAAAGUCGAUUGGAAUUCGACUUCUAUCAUUUGUGCCUCAAAAUUCAUCAAUUCAACUUUAUUAAAGUUUCAAGAUGAAGAAGAGUUUCAACAUGUAAGCAUUUGGCUUCCAAUGCAGCAAAACGUUUGGGUUCAAGAGGAUUUUCAUCCACCGCAAGACGAUCUUAAUGCAAAACCGAAAAAGAAGAAGAUGCACAAUGGACCCAAAGCGCCACCAACGCCAAAAUGCCCGGCUUUUUACAACAAUGCAAAAAAAGGCAUCUUCCGUCUCUACAAUUGCACCAAGAAACAUGCUUUCAUCUGUGAACAACCAGCAAAGGAACAAUGC